AUGGGGACGGUGCUGUCGCUGUCGCCCAGCGCGCCGGGGAAGGGCGGCGGCGUCCUGGCCGAGAAGGCGGCCCCGGGCCGGGCGCACGGCAAGGGCGAGAGCCGCCUGAAGCGGCCAGGCGUGCUGAUCUCGGCGCUCACCUGGAAGCGCCUGGUGGCCGCCUCGGCCAAGAAGAAGAAGAACGCCAAGAAGGUGACGCCCAAGCCCGGCUCCGCGGGCGCGCCCGACCCCUUGGUGCAGCAGCGCAACCGCGAGAACGCGCGCAAGUCCCAGCCCGACGGCGCCAAGCAGGGGCCCUUGGCCGUGCCGGUGCCCACCGUGCCCGCCUCCGCCCAGGAGGGCGGCAAGCAGCCGCCGCCACCGCCUCCCCCGCCGCUGCCCGGCAACCGCGCCGCCUCCGCCGCCCCCGGCUCCCCGCGGCGGGUGAUCGUGCAGGCUUCGACGGGCGAGCUGCUCCGCUGCCUGGGGGACUUCGUGUGCCGCCGCUGCUACCGCCUCAAGGAGCUGAGUCCCGGCGAGGUCAUCGGCUGGUUCCGCAGCGUGGACCGCUCGCUGCUGCUGCAGGGCUGGCAGGACCAGGGCUUCAUCACGCCGGCCAACCUGGUCUUCGUGUACCUGCUGUGCCGCGAGGCGCUGCAGGGCGACCAGGUGGGCAGCCAGGCCGAGCUGCAGGCCUCCUUUCUCACUUGCCUCUACCUGGCCUACUCCUACAUGGGCAACGAGAUCUCCUACCCGCUCAAGCCCUUUCUGGUGGAGGGCGACAAGGAGCGCUUUUGGGACCGCUGCCUCGCCAUCAUCCAGGGCCUGAGCGCCAAGAUGCUGCAGAUCAACGCCGACCCUCACUUCUUCACGCAGGUCUUCCAGGACCUCAAGAACGAGAGCGAGGGUGCGCCGACAAAGGACUCCGGCUCCAACAAACACUGGACUAUAAGCCUGGACCGCUAG